GCCAGCCGCAACCGAUUAACCGCCCAAUUCUCUCAGCAUUGCGAAGACUGCCAUGGGGAAGCAGUCCAAGUGAUAGAAAGUGAAAAUGAACAUUUGGUCAGGGUCCAUCAACUUGAACCCAGAUCGCCAGCUGGAAGGGAUCCGCUUGGUUGACCCGACCUCCCACUGGCAAUGCGACAUAUCAAAAACUGCCAAACUUGGGCUCCGCAGCUUUGUCAAUCCUGCGUUAAUUCCGCUCCAUGCGCGGGCAGGCCCCAACCUCGAAUUACACACCUUGAACGCGGGGACGUCCCAAUGGCUCCAGAGCAAGUUGGCGAGGGCUAUAUGGUUGAACCAAGAUGAACUGGACCUCCACCAGUCUGUACAAUGUCCCGUCGGCCUGCUGGUCAGUAUCGAGGGGCCCCCGGCGAGGAAUACCACGAUGGUCACGACGGAUCUCUUGAUCUACGGCGUGUUGUCGACCGCGUCGUCCUGCGCGCGCCCGCCGACCCCGCCGCACUCGUCGCCGUCCGACGUCCCCGGAAAGCCCAAUCCCACUCCGGGCAAACCAUAUCAAUUGAGAAUAUACGCGGUGCCACUAUCUAAGUCGCUACUCACUCAGGCGCAAGCAUUCCCAUCUCCUCCGCCAAGCUCAGAUGAAGAGCGUGCCUCCACGCAGGCCGAGUUUCUCCCGGAUAUUGGCUCGCCCAGUCCCAAGCGCAAACGUGUCGCAACUCUCUUUGAGGUUGCUGCACAGCACCAUCGGCGCGUCCGGCAGCGCGGCGGCGAGGCCGUCUCUCAACUGAUGGCCUCGUCUCGACCAUCUUCCUCGUCGCAGAAUCUCCAAACGCUGAGGAUAAAGCGCGAGCCCGACGAUGACCCGCCGAGUCUGCCAACGCUGGACCGACUGGCAGCACGCAGGUCACGAUCUGUAUCGAUUGGAGCCGGUCUACACAGACCCGUAAGCAGACUCGGCGCACGCGGAGCUGGAACCCCAGCUCCAGUCUCAGGAUCAGCUCCCGGCGCAGAUCCUCAAAAACGCACCACAACACCAAACCCCUUCCUAGAUCCUCCAUCUCGCCGUGCAUCACAGCAAAUCCAUCCUCCAUCCCUUCUAUCAACCUCAACCUCCGAAAAUAACCUCGCAACACCCAGCUCCCCACCCAAAACCACAGACUCCAUCAUCGCCGAAAAUAAAAACCUAAUCACCCGCACAAUCCUCACCUGCAUGCGCCUUUAUGGCUUCCACCGCUCCAACCCACGCUCUACAUCCUCUCUCUCAAGCAAACUGAAUCCCGCUGGUCCAGGAUCUGCCGCAGAGGCAGAACCAGAUCCCCGGAGCACAACUCCGGCACUGGAGACUCUCCGCGCGGAGACACCUGCCCCCGGAGCAGCUGCUGAUGACGACGAGUUCAAGGCCAUGUAUCAUGCAACGUACAAGGCUUCCGCGUUUGCGCUACGCAAGUAUCUGAAGGAUCCCGGUGCAGGAGUUGCGGGAGCUACGCCUGCGUUGCUGGAGAAGGGGAAGGCUAUGACUUGUAUUGAUGAGUUGUUAAGGCUAUUUUGUGAGGAUCAUUAGGUUCGGUCUGCGUCGGAGCGAGGGUAUGCUAUAUUACGAGAAUAUGAGUUUGCAUUUGGGUUGAUGGUGUUUUGUAGGAUGGGGUCGAUGGCUUGUCAGGAUGUUUUGCGGGAUCACGUCAUGGGAUUUUUGAAGAUUAUUUUGAGUUAUUUGUCAGGCGUUGGAUUUUAUACCCUGUUCGAGAUGUCAUUGCCAUAUCGUCAUACCUUCUGCUUAGUUCAACUCUACUUCCUGUGACCAGUAUCUAGUCGAGUCCAACAUCUUAGCAUCUGGCGAGGCCAUCUCUACGGACAUCUGAUAUCUACUCCCAUGAAGUGAUUGUAUGAAUAGUUUCAUUCCACCAACGCUAAGCCCCAGCGUUCAGCCGGAGAUGAGAAUGCCGAGAAGCCAAACACAAGUCAUCAUAUCAACGCAUAAAAUACAAAGAGCCACAUCACGAGCGCAAAAUAGGUAUAUCGAGUCCAGUCAAUUCAAAUCAAGCCAAUCAAAUCAAUUCAAAGCCGGUCUGGUCUUGUCUGAUUCAAUCCGGUCGCAGUCAAAAAGCCGCAACUUCACAGCGCCAGGUUAUAAGUGUAAUCAUCUUCGAUGUUCUGAGAAACCCAAAGCACGAUAGAGCUGCAAGAUAAUUAGCCACAACACCUCGAAUCUCCCCGAGCCAAAUCAAAGUCUCGAACAGAACGCACCUCAGCAUAACAAGGCCAUUAGCCACCACAUUCGCGAUACCAAAGUACAGCGUCUGAAUAGGAUAAUCUUUCACAAGGUACUUGAGUACCAUAACCGUCUAAAGCCCACAACCACAUAUAUUAGCACAUCAAUAUUCGACCCUUUUCACUCGGAACCGCUUCAAAAUGGAUAAUCCACUGUAGGAGAUAAUGCACGUACCACACUCCCCGCCAAACCCCCAGCCAAAAGCGCAAAUCCCAAGAACAACACGAACCGCGCCUUCCACGCAACCCCGCCCCCGCUGUAGCUAAAGCUAUCGGCUUGCAGCCUGGACUUCUCGAUCGAGUUGAUCACCAGCAUACCCAGCGCAGAGCAGAUACCGGGGAUCCAGUCGACAAAUUUGAUGUGUACGUCUGAGCCGUUGCGCGCGCUGUGGGAGAAGGAUGCAACGUCGAUGAGGAAGAAGAAACCUGCCGCGAACUGGAUAUUGUGGGGGACUGUUAGUAUUUGGGCUUGUAGUGUGUACGGAGGCAUGAGAGGGGGCAGGGGGAAGUCAAUUGCGACGCAUCAUGGGGUCAGACAGGGCAUUAGGGUUGCUGUGCGGGUGAGGGUACGUACCAAAGCGCCGGAGGUGUAGACUCCUGCGUUGCGAACGGCGGAGUUAUUCAGCCACUCGGGCUUGGGAAACCGGAAAAGCCGGUUGCUGGAAACGUCCAUGGUGCUGUAUAUGUCCUGGGUUUGAUGGGUGUGCUUUGAGAUGUGGUGAGCUUCGGAUGCUGAUGACGAUGCGGCCUGGGGUGCGGAGAAAUGUCGGGCCGGUUGGUGGUCGAGAGUGAGGAGGAUGAAACACUUG